AUGGAACAGAAGCCAGAGAAUGAGGUCCCUGAAAUCUUCAAAAAGAAGUUCCUUUCAAGAGUUGGAAAGUUCACUGCCGAGAAGCAUUUAAUAUUAAAAUAAAGUUGUUGAGAUCCUCAAUGGCACUGAAAAGAAGUUCAUAAUCAAGCCUAAUACAUUCUCAUCAAAGAAUGGCAACAAGAAUGGAGAUAAAAACUUACCUGAAUGGUUUGAUAUGGAUAGCCAGAAGAAUAUCCAAAUCCCUCUAUUAGCAAAGAUGAUGAGGGCUCAAACAAUGGGAAAGACUACUCCUAAGAAGAAGACUAAUAAGGACAAGCCUCUCAAGAGGUUCAGGCCAAACACACAAUCAGCUCCUGAGAUUCCUAUAUCUACGAGAGGGAUUACCAUAAACUACAGCUUAAUUGAUAAGAGGCCAUCGUGCAUGAAAUGGACACUAAAGAAAACAGUCAGCAAGAAAGUGAUUGACAAGUCAGAGCCUGCACUUGAGAAUAUCAUUCUAAAGGACAAACAGACUGGUUUUAUUGAUUACGGAAGGAUGAAGAAGAGGGAAAAGUUUCAUAAAAUGCAGACAGUUGGAAACCCUCAUCCAAAAAGAUUCAUCUCCUUCAAUGCCUUCCCCAGCUCAAGCACCCGUGCAAAAAAAGUGGUUACUAAAGAUAUAAAGAAAUCUUUGGGAAGAGAUAGUGACAAGUACCAGAUAAACCUCACUCCUUCAGUGUAUGAACCCACUCCGCAAGAAAUCCAUUGUUACCCAUUCAGCAAGAUGCUACCGAGACCUCCAUUGAUGAAUCAGAAAGCUAUAUCGUCUUUGAACAACAAUUCUGUAGUACUUGAUAAUAUCGAAAAAUACGAGAAGAAAAAUUCGAAAUAUAAGUCAGUGAGCUCACCGAAUUUUUCAAGCUACAAAGGAAGACAGCCUCGGGAUCCUAGAAUGCCAAUGUUUAUGGAAGGCAUCAACUCCAGAAUGGCUUUAAAUACUAUCAAUAAGAAAAUGUUGCAAACAAACCACUUUGAUGAGAGUUAUGUGCCAAUGCCCCAACGUAGCACUGAGAGAUUGGCUCAAACAGCAGGUCCUUCUAUGUUCAGAUCUCAGAGUCAGCCAAGCUUAAUGUCCAAAAAGAGCAAUUUGAACUAAUUCUCAGGUUUAAUUGUGAUUUAUGGAGUAUUGAAAUGAGUUCAAU